AAAAGCAAGUGGACUAGGAAAGACUACAUUUAAUUAAGCUCCUAAAAUGACUGUUUCUUUAGGCAUAAAAAAUAGCUAAAGAGGACCAAUUUUUAUUAGGGCCCCCCGACCACAUUUGUCUCAUUUUCCACUGCCUCAUGUCCCUUAGAACAUGGAGGAAAUUAUGGCAUCCUUGCCUAAUAUAAGUUGUCCUCCUUUUCCCUCCUUCCUUCCCCCCAAUUCCUACUUCUCUCCCUCUUCUUUUAUGCUAUAACCUCGUAGAAAAAACCUCUCAACAAACCAAACCAACACUACACAAUACACAAUACUCAUAGCCUUUUUAGCUUUCAUGUGCCACAGAAAAAAUGCCCAUCAUUUUACAAGUGAUGUUUGAUUAACCAAGAAGGAAAGAAGAAAACUUUAUUCAAUAUUUAUAUAUAGACACAAUUUUAUGUAAAAUCCACAACCCUUUUGGAAAACCUUUUAUUGUUGAAGAGAAAAGAAGAAGAAGGGAAAAAGAAAAAUGGACAUUGAGUUAGCAAAGUGUGAUUGUUGUGGAUUGAAGGAAGAUUGCACUCAAGAAUACAUAAGUGAAGUGAAGGCAAAUUUCAAUGGGAAAUGGCUAUGUGGGCUGUGUUCAGAAGCUGUGAGAGAUGAAGUGAAUAGAGGGAAGAAGCAACUGUCUGGUAUUGAUGAUGCUUUGAAGGCUCAUAUGGCUUUUUGUAGGAAAUAUAAAGGCAAUCCAGCUACAAGAGUUGCUGAUGGGAUGAGGCAGAUGUUAAGAAGAAGAUCAAGUGAUUUAACAUCAUCAUCAUCCUCAAACUCUUCUUCUGGUAAGAAGUAUUCAAGAUCAACUAGCACAUCCCAAGUAGGAGAUGAAUCAUCUUUUUCUUGUUACUAGAGAGAAGAUAUAAUAUUGAAGGUAUGGAAAAUUACCUUCUUCUUUUUUUCUCCAUUCACAAAAAAAAAAAAGAAAAAAGAAAGAAAUGGUCAAUUUGCUCAAAUUGAUCCUGUCACUUUAUUUUGUACAGAGGAUGUUAUUACUUUCAAAGUUGGAGGCUCUCUUUAAUUAGCUUUAUUUUAAUCCUUACUUAACAUCCCAUCAUUCAACAUUAUAAAUCUUCAUUAUAAAUUAGCUUUAAUUUGUGCAUGGAGAAAUUUCAAUAAUUCCAUCAUCUUCAUCAUGGGAAGCAAUACAAAGGUAACUAUGAUAUUUGUAAUGAUCAUAUUUAUGGGUGAUUUUUUAGUUAACUACGAUCAAAGGAGUCGGCCAACUCUGUGAUCAACUGAAAUCACUUAUUUUAGAGAUGCUUUGGCAAAAACCCUAUCUUUGAAAAUGAGUUUUUUUUUUUUUU